GGACGAAUCGCUUUGCGCUCCAAAACGUAGCAGUAAUUGUUAACAUAAAUGGCGAAGAAGAUCCGAACCCUUGGAUUCUCUCUCUCAGAUCCAAAUCGUUCGAUUCAUUCUCUCUCUCUCUGGUUCGUUUCGUUUACCCAUGAGCUCUCAGAGCUCAACCCAAUGGAGAGGAGAGAGAUAGACACACAAUCACACUGACCAAACUCAUAUCCACCCACCUCCAAUUUCCCUAUUUUCUUGCGAUUUGGGGCUUGUGAUUGCUUCACUGUGUGGAAGUAGGCAGCAGAAUUUGAGAUCAGGCUGUUUGUGUGGUCUCUGUCAGUUCAGUUCGCUGCUAAAAAUGGUCGAGAUUUGAAGACGACGAAGUUAUGUGAGUAAUCUGAUUUGAGGUUUUUUCUGUUCUAUAGCUACUGACGGGCGAUUCUCAAAGAACCUGUUGCUGGAAAAUGCCUAAUGUCUGCUGGUUUUUGAGUUAAGCCCUAGAAAUUGCUUGUGCAUCUCGAGCUGGGAACUGAAUUGUUCAGCUCGAGAUCUGAAUUUUGAGUUUCCCCCAAAAUGAGAGCGGUGGUGAUAUAGGAAUCAAAGUUAGAGAUAUACAAGAGCCAAACAUCAAUGGAAGAUUUUUCGAAAUACUCCCAUAGUCCAGCUCAUCUAGCAGUUGUUCGUCGAGAUUAUGCUUCUCUUAAGCGCAUUGUUGCAUCCCUGCCUCGGCUAGCUAAGGCAGGUGAGGUUAAUACUGAAGAGGAAUCUGUUGCUGCGGAGCUCCAAGCAGAUGCUGUCUCUGCUGCUAUUGAUUGCCGCGAUGUUCCUGGUCGGGAGACCCCCCUUCACCUUGCAGUACGACUUCGAGACCAGAUUUCAGCUGAAAUUUUGAUGGGAGCUGGUGCUGAUUGGAGCCUUCAGAAUGAGCAUGGCUGGAAUGCUCUUCAGGAAGCAGUCUGUACAAGAGAGGAAGCAAUAGCGAUGAUAAUUGCUAGACAUUACCAACCUCUGGCUUGGGCAAAAUGGUGUCGCAGGCUUCCUCGUAUUAUUGCUUCUGCUGCCCGCAUUCGUGAUUUUUACAUGGAGAUAACUUUUCAUUUUGAGAGUUCUGUUAUUCCUUUUAUUGGACGAAUUGCCCCAUCAGAUACUUAUCGCAUUUGGAAGCGUGGUUCUAAUCUCCGAGCUGAUAUGACGCUUGCUGGCUUUGAUGGUUUUCGAAUUCAGCGUUCUGAUCAAACAUUUCUCUUUCUAGGUGAGGGUUACAGUUCAGAGGAUGGUAAUGUGAAGCUAUCUCCAGGUUCUUUGAUUGUUCUUGCUCAUAAGGAGAAGGAAAUUACAAAUGCUUUGGAAGGAGCUGGUGUUCAACCAACGGAAGCGGAAGUUGCCCAUGAAGUGGCCCUUAUGUCGCAGACAAAUAUGUACAGGCCAGGCAUUGAUGUUACUCAGGCGGAGCUUGUUCCCCAUCUAAAUUGGAGACGCCAGGAAAGGACUGAGAUGGUUGGAAAUUGGAAGGCAAAAAUAUACGAUAUGCUUCAUGUGAUGGUGAGUGUGAAGUCGAGGAGGGUUCCUGGAGCUAUGACUGACGAGGAGCUAUUUGCUGGAGAUGAUGAAGAAAGGUUGGCCAAUGGUGGUGAAAAUGAUGAGUUUGAUGAUGUAUUGACCGCAGAAGAGAAAAUGCAAUUGGAUUCUGCCCUACGAAUGGGAAACUCUGAGGGUCUGGGUGAGGAUGAAGAACACGUAGCCUUUGAAAGCCAAGAAAAUGGUUCAGUAGGCUCAUAUGAAAACACUGACCCAAAUGGUGCUACCAAGGAGAAGAAGAGUUGGUUUGGUUGGAACAAGAAGAGUGGCAAGGGAAGUAAUGAUGAUCCUGAUGAUCCAAAGAUUUUGAAGAAAGUUUCAAAAUCAGCUGCAGAAGGUGCCAAUCAAAAAGUAGUUGAUCAUCAAAAAUUGGCUUCUGAAGUAUCCUCAGAAGAUAUGGGGGAUGCAAAGAAGGGAAAAGAUAAAAGCAAUAAGAAGAAGAAGAAGAAAGGGAUGACCAAUGACUCUAAGCAUGAAAGUGAGUAUAAAAAGGGUUUGAGACCUGUCUUAUGGUUGACACCAGAUUUUCCUUUAAAAACAGAUGAGCUUCUGCCUGUACUUGACAUCCUAGCCAACAAGGUAAAAGCUAUCAGGAGACUAAGGGAGCUUUUAACAACCAAACUGCCUCAUGGCACAUUCCCAGUGAAGGUUGCCAUUCCCAUUGUCCCAACUAUUAGAGUACUUGUUACUUUCACAAAAUUUGAGGAGCUUCAUCCGGUUGAAGAAUUCGCAACCCCACUGUCAAGUCCAGCUCAUUUCCAGGAUGCCAAGUCCAAGGAAUCAGAGGGAUCUUCAUCAUGGAUUUCAUGGAUGAGAGGAAGUCGAGGUGGGCAAUCCAGUGACAGUGACAGCAAUCGGUAUAAAGAUGAAGUUGACCCAUUUCAUAUACCAUCCGAUUACACAUGGGUCGAUGCAAAUGAGAAGAAACGCCGUAUGAAAGCAAAGAAAGCAAAGAACAAGAAGCAUAAAAAACAAGCUGCUAAAGGCGGAAAUGGAGGACUACAAAUGAGUGAGGACGUGGAAGAGUAAUUUUUUAUAGGUGAUUUCUGCAGCCAUGCCACUUUGAGAUCCUUCUGCAUCAGAUAGAGGAGGUAAGCUUAUCUCCUAUUUGAAUUUGACCUUUUUUUCUAUUUUUCACAUUGAAAUAUCUUGAGCAUAGAGGAUCCACGGGUUAUUUGUUUGGUGGGAAAGCCUUGUUGAUUAAUCAGAGCAUCGUAUCUGUAGUAAUUUUCAUCUUGAAUUUACAUAUUUGGAGAGAAGCAGUCUCUUCUUCUUUUGUAGCUUAUUUCCAAUUUGAUUUUCAAUUAGAUUGGUCGUGCAAGUCAAAAAUUAGACCCCAAUCUUUGUACCAGAUCACCAAUUAUAAAUUUUACGUUUUUGUUGUUGUUGUGUAAAAA